AUGAGCCAUGAACCGCUGCAAGAGGAGUGGGAGUUGCAAGAUUUUGAUGAUGCAGCAGAAACGCUCUCCCUCCGUGAUCUUCCGUUAAAUAGCUCUUCUUCUGAUUGGGAUGACUUCUCCAAAGAAGAUCAAAGCUUGGGGACGUCUUUUGAUCAAGAUUUCUUCGAGUUCUUCAGCGAAGACUUCACUGCCUCUACUUAUCCCUCGGAUCAUAUCAUCUUUUGUGGAAAGCUCAUUCCUUACAAAGGAGAAACAGAAGCAGAAAAAGCACAGAGCCUCGAAAGCACAAAUAAAGGGGAAAAUACCAAGAAGAGGUUCAGUUUCCCAUGGAAAUCAUUCUCUUUAAACAAGUCAAGGACUACAUCAGUACCAAAGCAACUACAGAAAAAGAGUGACAAGACUUUGCAAGUCGUGCCUCCAUCGGAGAAUCAUGGGUGUGCAACAAAGAAAUGCGAUGAUAAGUACAACUUUUCGAUGAAGAAGGUACCAAUGCUAGCGACCGCGAUGAAGCCAAGGUGGUACUUUUUGGCAUUCGGAGUUGGAAGAUUUCCGAUGGAGAUGGACCGGAACGAUAUUAAGACGAGGCAGAGCAGGAAGAGUCCGACAAGUAUGUUUCAAUCCAAAAAGGGAAUAGAAAUGAGCAGUGGGAAGAAAGGGAAAGGAUUGUGGAGUUUGCUUAGAGUUUUAGGGUGCAACAGUCACCAUUCGAGUGCCAUGGCUAAGGCCUCAUUUGGUUGCGCGCCAAUUGUGUAA